AUGGAUAUCUCCAGCUUACAAUCUCGGUUUUUAUCUCCAAUUUUUUAUGUUCUCUCUUCUUUUUUUUUCCUUGACCCUUAUUGUUUUUCUUCUUCUCUUUUUGGUUCCAGAUAUCUUGAUUCUUGCAGGAAGCAUGAAGUGCUACCCAACUCUGCAGUAUUGUCAUGGUUUUAUAAGGCCAAAAUUCAGAAGUCCCAACAGGGGAAGUGCAGCAUUAUGUUCUUACUGAAUCAGCUAAGCAAUGUUGAUGUUUAUCCGCUGAUUGAUGUGUUCCUGGAAAUUGACUCUUCUGAUGUUGAUGCGGUUGAUGUACUUCAUGAAUCACCUUGCAAUUUGAAUGAAGAAUAUGUCAUGCCUUUGUUGCAGACAAUCAAUCUGAAACUCCGAGUAGUUGAUCUCCAAGGCACGUCCCCUGUAGAGGACUUUUUGCAGGAUUUAUGCCACCAUGGCUUAGCAUGUCAUGUUUUAAACAUGAGGUCUAAUCAUAUCCAAAAGCUCAACAUGGCUGGGACGUUUAUGCAAUUACAUACCUUGAAUUUGGAUUUUUGUACUUCAAUUGCUAGUUUGGAUAAAGACUGUUUUUCUUGCAUGCCAAAUCUGAUGCGUCUCUCAAUGUGUGAGACUAGAGUAGCAAAUCUCUGGACAACCACUGCUGCCCUGUCAAAACUUCCUUCUUUAAUAGAACUACGGUUCCAAAAUUGCUUAUGUUGCAAGGAUACUGGACCAUGUUCUGCAUCAUUUGGUGAAAAAGCAAGAAUUGCAUUCGAUAAACUUGGUUCAACUCCAUUGAAUAUGCAUCUAUCCAGUGAGACAUCAUCUAUAAGCAUCAAAGAUGCCACAUUUCAAGGUUAUCGUGCUGAAGAGAAUUGCGGGGACUUACUUUCUCGCAGAGAUUCAGCUUUGAUCAAGGAGGGCUCUGUAAAAACUGAUAAUAUAUCCCAUAUCAGUGAAGUUGAAAAGUCAAGCUGCCUUCGGAGAAUAGGUUCAAUGGAAAUAUCAUCUGAUGUCUCACCAAAUUUGAAUGGACUAUCAAAGUUGAAAAACAAGAUUACAAACAAAGAUGAGAUCCUUGCAAGUGCAAAUACAUGGGACUUCAAGAAUGACUGCCCUGCCUCAUUUACGAACUAUGUUUCAUAUCAUCCUUCACCCAUAUGCUUUGAGAAACAUUAUAGGGAAUACAUGGUUGCUUCAUUGCCGCAUUUGGAGGUUUUAGAUAAUUUCCCUAUUACAAAGAUGGACAGAGAAAAGGGAAGAACUACUUUUACAAAAUACUACGAGUACUUACCAUAUAAACUACAGAACAAACAAAGUGUUGUUACUAUUCUGCAGAAGCGUGAGAUGGGAACAACGGGCACUUCCUGCCCAAAUUUCUCUAAGUCCAAGCAAUCAUACCAUUAUGGAAAGAGUCAAUAUUUCUUCACAAGGUCUCUUAGUGCUGCCAAACUUGGGUCUGCUACAUGGCCUCUCUUGCAUCCUUUGCGCACCUUUAGCCAUAUAUAUAAAGAAGGAAGUAAGAGGCUUCGUGCAAGGCAGUUUGAGUACCAUCCAUCUGAUUCUAGUCUGAUGGUUUUUGGAACUCUUGAUGGUGAAGUUGUUGUCAUCAAUCACGAAAGUGGGAAACUAGUUGGUUAUGUUCCAUCUACCGGCAACAUGAACAGUGUUUUGGGUCUUUGUUGGCUCAAGAAGCAUCCUUCAAAGCUGCUUGCUGGUUCUGAUAAUGGAUGCUUGAAGUUGUUUGACAUCAAUCAUUUACUGCCAAAAGUCGAUGAUGUAAAUUGCAGUGCUGGUGUGGCCACUUUUGAUGGCUUUGAGCAAUUGACUUCUGUUCAUGUCAAUUCCAGGGAUGAUCAGUUUCUGGCUAGUGGGUACUCAAAAGAUGUUGCUCUAUAUGACAUCAGUAGUGGAAAACGUCUACAACUCUUUACUAAUAUGCAUCGAGAACCCAUUAAUGUCGCAAAAUUUGCACACCAUUCACCCUUCUUGUUUGCUACAUCCUCCUUUGACCAUGAUGUCAAGCUGUGGGAUUUGAGACAGAAACCAGAGUGGCCCUGCUAUACAGCAUCAAGCUCAAGUGGAAAUGUGAUGGUUUGCUUUUCACCUGAUGAUCGGUAUCUGCUUGUAUCAGCUGUUGAUAAUGAGGUCAAGCAACUUCUGGCAGUAGAUGGGAGGCUUCACAUGGAUUUCGAGAUAACUUCAACAGGAAGUGCUCAUAACUAUACCCGCUCCUACUACAUUAAUGGAAAUGACUACAUCAUUAGCGGGAGUUGUGAUGAACAUGUUGUCCGUAUCUGCUGUACUCAAACUGGAAGGCGACUUAGGGACAUUUAUUUAGAGGAUGUGGAGUCAGGGAAUUCUCUGUUUGUUCAGUCCUUAAGGGGUGAUCCUUUCAGACCUUUCCAUAUGAGUGUGUUAACAGCCUCUAAGCGUCCAUGCUCUAAGUGGGAAAUCGUCAAGGUCAAUUUACUAGCUUCCAGCCAUGGCAUGGAAGAGCAUUCUCAUGGUCAAAACAUCCAGUCCACCUUCCUGGGAGGUUGA